AUGAGCGUCGCCAGCGUGCUGGUCUCGCUACAGUCGCUGAUGGCCGAGUUACCAUACUGGGGCACCGAGCAACACGUCUGCGAAUUUUCCUGCCUUAAAGCGCAACACGAGGUGAUCCGGGUGGCCGUGUGCGACGCCGUCGAGUGUUGCAUCAACGGAUCCUCACUGUGCCCGCCGCCCCUGAUGACGGCCAUGCUGCAAAGCUUUCUGGACAACAUAGAGAAAUACAUAAAGGUGUUGGGGUCCAACCAGAACCUGACAGGUAUGGCAAUGCCCUUCUGCCAACCUGGCAACGUGCGGGGUUAUUACCAGUUCGGAGUUUUGGUGACGAGACUCCGGACACUGGAAACAGAAGUCCGCGAUUUACUGAAAGCUAGGAACAGCGAAGAGGAAUAA